AUGGGUGAUCUAGAGUUCACUGCAAGUCUUCUAGAAGAUGAAGAAGAACAAGAUGCAACGUACGACCGUGGAAAAAAACGAAUGUUCACUCGUGAAAUACGUUCAAUGCUGUACGCUUUUGGUGACGAUGAGAACCCACUACCUGAAACUGUGUCUUUAGUCGAAGAUAUUGCAGUUCGACAUAUUCUAGAAAUGACCAAAAAGGCUUUGAAAGUUGGUCGACCGGGGAAAAUCUCAGUCGAAGAUGUCACAUACCUUGUCCGACGCGAUUCGAAAAAGUUCUCUCGCGUCAAGGAGUUGCUGCUUAUCAGUGAAGAACUGCGACGUGCCCGUAAAGCAUUUGAAGAAGAUGAAUUUGAUGUGCUCAAGUGA